AUGCAAAAGGAAAUCGUCAAAGAAUCCGGCGUUUUACCGCGCAUCGCGACUGGGCGCGAGAUCAUGAUCCAAGGUUUCCACUGGGAAAGCCACAACUUGGAUUGGUACAAAAUUGUGCAAGACAGACUUGGCGAAAUGAAUCAAGCGGGAUUUACUCAAGUUUGGUUGCCGCCUCCGGCGGAUUCUCUCGCACCGCAAGGCUACUUGCCGCGCAAUAUGUAUUCGUUGAAUAGUGCGUACGGCUCUGAACAGGCUUUGCGAAACCUCAUCGCGAACUGCAAGGAGCACGACGUUUUGCCCGUGCUCGACGCCGUGUUGAACCAUCGCUGCGCCACGCACCAGGGCGCUGGGGGCAAGUGGAACCGUUGGGAAGGAACUGGUAUGGACUGGGGUGAGUGGGCCAUCGAUAAUAGGAAUCCUGACUUCGCAGGUCAGGGUAACCACCCGACGGGCGAUGAGUUCUCGGGGGCGCCCAACAUCGAUCAUACGAAUGAACGCGUUCGCAGCGACUUGGCCAAGUGGUUCCAAUGGUUGCGAAACGACAUCGGCUUUGGAGGAGUGCGCUUUGACUUCUCGAAGGGUUACGGCGGACAAUUCGCCGGAGAGUACAUCAAGGCGAUGGAUCCCGAGUUCGCGGUCGGAGAAUACUGGGACACGCUCGCGUACGGCGCGGGAUUGGAGUACAAUCAAGACGCUCAUCGUCAACGGAUUGUUGACUGGAUUGACGCGGCAGGCGGGAACUGCACCGCGUUUGAUUUCACCACAAAAGGUAUCCUUCAAGAGGCGUGUGGACGCUCCGAGUUCUGGCGUCUCAUCGAUAGUGAAGGACGCGCUCCAGGUGUGAUUGGCUUGUGGCCGGCGCGCGCCGUGACGUUCAUCGACAACCACGACACCGGCUCCACGCAAGGUCACUGGCCGUUCCCGAACGACAAAGUCGCCAUGGGCUAUGCCUACAUCCUGACUCACCCCGGCACGCCGUGCGUGAUGUGGGAUCACUACUUCGAUUGGGGUGAAAAGUUGUCGAACAACAUCAAGACGCUGAUGGAAGCGCGUCAAAGUUGCGGCAUUCACAGUCGAAGCAAACUUCAAAUCAUCGCCGCCAACGACGGUUUAUACGCCGCUAUCGUCGACAACAGGAUGGCAGUCAAGCUUGGCCGCGACCACUGGUCGCCCGCCGGCGACGACUGGACCCACAUUUGCGGAGAUAAUGACUGGAGCGUGUGGCGUCGUUAG